AUGUCACCUCCAGACACCUACGACACAUGUCACCUCCAGACACUCUUACGACACAUGUCACCUCCAGACACUCUACGACACAUGUCACCUCCAGACACUUCCAUUGACACAUGUCACCUCCAGACACGACUACGACACAUGUCACCUCCAGACACGACUACGACACAUGUCACCUCCAGACACUCUACGACACAUGUCACCUCCAGACACGACUACGACACAUGUCACCUCCAGAAACUCUACAACACAUGUCACCUCCAGACACGACUACGACACAUGUCACCUCCAGACACUCUACGACAUGUCACCUCCAGACACGACUACGACACAUGUCACCUCCAGAAACUCUUACGACACAUGUCACCCAGACACGACUACGACACAUGUCACCUCCAGACACGACUACGACACAUGUCACCUCCAGACACGACUACGACACAUGUCACCUCCAGACACUCUUACGACACAUGUCACUCCAGACACUCUUACGACACAUGUCACCCAGACACGACUACGACACAUGUCACCUCCAGACACGACCAUGACACAUGUCACCCAGACACGACUACGACACAUGUCACCUCCAGACACGACUACGACACAUGUCACCUCCAGACACGAUCACACACAUGUCACCUCCAGACACUCUACGACACAUGUCACCCAGACACGACUACGACACAUGUCACCUCCAGACACUCUUACGACACAUGUCACCGACACUCUUAUGACACAUGUCACCUCCAGACACGACUACGACACAUGUCACCUCCAGACACUCUUACGACACAUGUCACCUCCAGACACUCUAUGACACAUGUCACCUCCAGACACGACUACGACACAUGUCACCUCCAGAAACUCUACGACACAUGUCACUCCAGACACGACUACGACACAUGUCACCCAGACACUCCUGACACAUGUCACCUCCAGACACGACUACACACAUGUCACCCAGACACGACUACGACACAUGUCACUCCAGACACGCCUACGACACAUGUCACCUCCAGACACCUACGACACAUGUCACCUCCAGACACGACUACGACACAUGUCACCUCCAGACACGACUACGACACAUGUCACCUAGACACGCCUAUGACACAUGUCACCCAGACACGCUACGACACAUCCAGAUCCACAGACACAUGUCACUCCAGACACGACUACGACAUGUCACUCCAGACACGACUACGACACAUGUCACCUCCAGACACUCUUACGACACAUGUCACCUCCAGACACCUACGACACAUGUCACCCAGACACGUCACGACACAUGUCACCUCCAGACACGACUACGACACAUGUCACCUCCAGACACUCCUACGACACAUGUCACCCAGACACUCUAUGACACAUGUCACCUCCAGACACUCUACGGCACAUGUCACCCAGACACUCCUAUGGGCACAUGUCACCUCCAGACACUCUUACGACACAUGUCACCCAGACACGACUACGACACAUGUCACCUCCAGACACGACUACGACACACGUCACCUCCAGACACGACUACGACACAUGUCACCUCCAGACACGACUACGACACAAGAUGUAGCGGCAGUGUUCACGUCUUAUUUCCAUCAUGGUUUAUAA